GUGACUGACGUGUUUCCUGUUGUGAAAACCUGAGCAUGUUGGCACAUGUGUUAUGCCCGAAAUUGUUUAGUUUUUCGUUACAUUAAAAUGGUUUUUGUUACGACUCAUACCCGUCUUUAAAGUUAAACUGAGCUGAGGAUUCGAGUCAAAACCAUGGAAGUGGACGGUCGGGAAUUCCUCAACACUCCUCCAAUGAAAACAGUGCGCUUCGGCGAUUAUGUUGCCAACACGUUGGCUAAAUUUAAAAAGGGUGACAAAGGAGAUUACGAACUACUCAAGCAUCAAUUGACAGACCCUGACAUAAAAGACGCUCAGAUAAUAAAUUGGCUACAAGAAUUCAGGGCGUGUGUCACUCAGUUAAACAAAGACCACGAGCAACUUAUCUACGUUGUCUUGCGACUUCCUUGGCUGGGACGGAGUCAAGCUGUUGUGGAUGAAUAUCUGUCUUUCCUGAGCAACCUUGUAUCUGCCCAAACUGUGUACCUCAGGACUUGUCUCAAAAUAGUCGUCUCCAAUUUUACGCCUGCAAGGGUGCGAAUCCGGGAGGGCGAUGUGGAUAUUUCUGAUUCAGAUGAUGAUGAUGAAAACCUCCCUAGGAACUUUGAGCACUGUCAUCAAGCCUUGCAAAUUAUUUCAAGAUAUGUUCCAUCAACAAGUAGAUUCUUGAUGCCAAUUCUCACUGAUCACUUCCCUUUUGUUCAGAAGUCUUCAAGAACUCUUGAGUGUUACGUUCAUAACCUACUAAGAAUCACAGUGUACAUCCCAACUCUGCGACGAGAUAUGCUGGAACUCCUCAUCAGUAAAAUGCUGACACUGGAUGUGAGUGCGUCCCGUGUUGAAAUUGAGGACAUGGAAGAGAACGCUGUACAGAAGAGCGACGAAGCAUCGCAGGACGAGUGCCUGUUUGAUAUGGAUGAGGACACAGAUUCGGGUCUGGCCCCCACCCCUCCAGACUGCACAGCGAUGGCCCACCCUGUGGCAGAGCGCCUGGACACACUGAUGGGGGUCCUGCUGGCCUUCAUUAAGGACGUGUGCCACCAGAAUGCUGUGCUGGAGCUGGAGAGAACCAAAGCGCUGUACCGGGACCUGCUGGCUGUGUUUGACAAGCUGAUUCUGCCCACGCACGCCUCCUGCCACGUGCAGUACUGCGUCUUCUACCUCUGCAGCUUCCGCCUGGGGCUGGCUGAAGCAUUUCUAGACCACCUAUGGAAACAGCUGCAGAGCCCAUCCCAGCCGUCUGUGUUGAGACAGGCAGCCGCCGGCUACAUGGGCAGCUUCCUGGCACGUGCCAAAUUCCUGCCCGUACCCACGGUGAGAGCGUGUCUGGACCUGCUGGUGCCAUGGCUACAUCUCUACAUCGACAGCCAGGACGCAAGCUCGCGCUCCUUCUGUGAUGUGACGCUCCACGGGCCCUUCUACGCCGCCUGCCAGGCCAUCUUCUACACGCUGGUGUUCAGGCACAGGGCGCUCGUGGAGGGCAACAUGAAGAAAGGGCUGGCGUAUCUACAGAGCCUGAAUCUGGAACGUAUCGUCAUGUGCCAGUUAAACCCGCUCAAGGUCUGCCUGCCUGCCAUCACCAACAUGUUCGCUGCCAUUACCAGGAAGUACCAGCUCGUCUUUUGUUACACCAUCAUCGAGCGUAACAACCGCAGCACACUGCCUGUCAUCCGGAGCUCAGUGGGGGGAAACUCAGUGUCGGCCAACACCAACCCUCUGGACAGCUUCUUCCCCUUUGACCCCUACCUGCUCAAGAGGUCAGGGAAGCUGAUUGAGCCUCUAUAUCAGGUGUGGGAAGAGCCCUCCGACUGCAUGGUGGAUGCCCCAAAGAAGGAUAUCAGAAAAGCCUCGGUGGAGGAGGAGGAUGACUUCCUGCAAGGCGAGACCCCGCAGAUGGACACGGUCAUGGGCAUGACCCCCGGCUCCUUCGAGGCGCACCUCCGCAGCCCCAGCAGCGUGGGCUCCCCCCCGCUCGCCUUCCUGCAACGGCCCUUCUGAACCAUCAGCAGGUGGCGUGAUGUGGUCAGCCACCUCUAACACCUGACCCCCUGCACAGCGCUCUUAGACGAGGGCCGCAGCAGUGAAGUUCACUCUCAGCCUAAAGCUUGGAUCUUUGUAUCACGAAAGCUCAAGUGCACGCACGCAUGCAUGAAUGAAUGAAUGAAUGAAUGAAUGAAUGCGUGUGUGUGUGUGUGCUUAUGAAUUUGUGUGUGUGUGUGUUCGACACUAAACCCCUGUGGACGGGUUUUGAAUGGAAAGGUUUGAUGAAAUGGGUCUUUUAUGGACAUAUCUCUGAAGUCCAGUGGCCUGUCUCUGCUUGGACAUGGUGGCGAUAGAGAUGUCUGUGUUUCUCUUCUGUCUGACCAAGGGAUAGUUUUACUUCGGACCGUCAUGAUAUUAUGAUGCUACAUGAAUGGGGAAAUACAGAACUUUACUUUUCAGGACCACAUGCCGAGAGUAUUCCACAGAUCUGGCCUUCAGGAGGAAGGCCUGAAGCUGACCUCUGGCUCCAUUUGGGUCUGUAGCGGUCCUCUGCAUCUGUGGUCACUACGAUCACCUCAAGGACUUACAGGUGUAUCUCAUGCGGCAUGGCAAUGGUGGGGAUCCAAUCAUAAGGGGAAAGAUUGUGUGCAGUGCUGUUCUUGGAAAUCUCAGCAUCACUGAUGUGGAGACAGGAAUCCCUUAAAUAUGAAUAAGGGAUCAUUUUAUGAGUAGGCGUCAGGAAUCUCUUAAAUAUGGAUACGGGAUCAUUCAUAAGUAGGAGGCAAGGCUGGUCCGUGAUCAGCACUGUUACGCUUCACUUCUCAGAUGUGUAGACAUUUAGAGAUGUAAAUAAUGUUCUGUUGAACCUGAUACAGGUAUGAAUCUGGAUUGUUAUGUAGCCGAAGUCACAUAAUGGGUAAUGCAUUGUUUAUAAAUUGUUAUAAAUUCUUUAUAGUUUGCUGUUAAGUUUAACAGGAUAGUUUAUGGAACUUCAUUCAUUCUGUAGUCCUUGCAUCGUUUACACUGUUGUUAACAUGACAAUUAAAGGGACUUAAUUGUUUUAAUUAUCUUCAUAAUCAAAACAAUAUGAAAUUAAUGAUUGA